GCAUUUUGCACUUUCGUCAUCUCUCAAUUCAGCAACUAUCCAUUAAAUCCACUUUAUACAAUGUCCAGCAAAAACGUGCUUGUCGUAGAUAACGGCACUGGGUUUGCCAAGGUCGGUUAUGCGGGCUCGAAUUUCCCUGAGCAUGUGUUCCCAUCUGUGGUGGGCCGCCCCAUGCUGCGUGCCGAGGAAGCCUCGUCAGUCGCCGAUAUGCCGUACCCGGUCAAGGAUAUCAACGUGGGUGACGAAGCCGCGGCCCUGCGUGCCAUCCUCGACAUGUCGUACCCGCUGGAGAACGGUAUCAUCAAGAACUGGGAGGACAUGCAGCACGUGUGGGACUACACGUUCUUCGAGAAGUUGAAGGUCGACCCGACGCAGUGCAAGGUCCUGCUAACCGAGGCGCCGUUGAACCCAAAGGCCAAUCGACAGAAGAUGUGUGAGGUGAUGUUUGAGCGCUACGGCUUCGAUGGAGUGUAUGUGGCGAUCCAGGCUGUACUGACGCUGUACGCCCAGGGCCUGCUCACGGGCGUGGUCAUUGACUCGGGCGACGGCGUCACCCAUAUCAUCCCCGUGUACCAAGGGUACUCUCUGCCGCAUCUGACGAAGCGCCUGGAUGUAGCCGGUCGUCACGUCACCCGCUACCUGAUCAAGCUGCUGCAGCUGCGCGGCUACGCCUUCAACCGCACAGCCGAUUUCGAGACCGUGCGCCAGAUCAAGGAAAAGGUGUGCUACGUCAGCUACGACCUGGAUCUCGACAAGAAGCUGGCCACCGAGACCACGACCAUGGUUGAGACUUACACACUGCCGGACGGCCGCGUGAUCAAGGUCGGCUCUGAGCGCUUCCAGGCUCCCGAGUGUCUGUUCCAGCCCGAGCUCAUCGACGUCGAGUCGGCUGGUGUCGCUGAGCUUCUGCUGAACACUGUACAGGCUGCACCCAUCGAUAUGCGUGCCGACCUUUACAAGCACGUUGUGCUGUCUGGCGGCUCGUCCAUGUACCCAGGUCUGCCGUCACGGCUCGAGAAGGAGACGAAGCAGCUGUACCUGCAGAAUGUGCUUCACGGCGAUGCCUCGCGACUCGACAAGUUCAAGCUGCAGAUCGACGACCCACCAAACCGCCGCCAUAUGGUAUUCCUUGGCGGCGCCGUGCUAGCCGAUGUCAUGAAGGACAACCAGUCGUCGUGGGUUACAAAGCAGGAGUGGGACGAGAUGGGCGUAAGGGCGCUUGACAAGCUUGCUGUCUACGAGAUGCGCGACUAAAGUACCAUCACAUUUCUCUCUUUGGUUUCUCCAUAUAUUCCCUGUUGCACUUUUAGAGGCCUGCUAGAUCGAUUAGGUUGGCCAGAGAUGGCUUCUUUUUGCCCGCCAGCGGCGAC